AUGAUCGCGAGUCUGUCAAUGAACGGCGGCAGCGGAGGGCCGGGGAGCCGCGUGGGUCGUGGAUUGGCCCUUCACAGGUCCAAUUCCAGUCUGGAGCUUCCGCACAGUCCGGAUCCUGCCUCCCGGGUGCCAGAGACGCCUCUCAGGAGGGAGUAUGGUUCCCAUGGCAGCAUCGACGUAGUGGCGCAAUCCAUCACGGGCGGUGAGAAUUUCUUCGCCAUACUGCAGGACUUUCGGCCGUCGGAGCAGCGCGGCGGCGUCGCCGCUGACUAUCUGCGCCGCGUACAUCAGCAGGACGGUUCCGGCCAGCCGCUCGACGUCGACGAGGUCUGCGGUCCGACCGGCGCCGGCACCAGUCCGAAGCUGCGGUUGAAGCUGAACAGACUCUGGGGCGGUAAACCGCCGCGAGCGAUGGAGGAAACGUGCACCAGCCCGGUGAUGUCGGCCGACGUGGAGGAGCGGCAUCGGAGGCGCGCGUUCGCCCAUUACGACUGCCAGUCGUUGACGGCGAAUCUGGGCUACGCCGCGAAGCUCCGCGGGAUCCUCUUGGCCAGGAGAAGAAACACGGCCACCGGGGCGUCCGCCGCCAGCGCGCUCAGAGCGUCCACGCCCGACGAGACUCCCGAGGAGGAUGCCGGCGAUGGGAAAGGUAACGACUUGCUGGAGCCGUGUCCCUUCUUCCGCAACGAGAUCGGCGGCGAGGGGGAACGCGAGGUCGGCCUUACUCGCUGCGCUCAGGGCAACGGAAUUCACAGACCGUCGUUGUCUUACGGUGUCUCCGUCCUGGAGCCGCCGCCCGGCGAGACUUUGUGGAAGAACACUUGCCCGCUGCAGAAACGGCCCCUGCCCAUCGAGAGCGUCGACGAGGGGGCCCAUUAUUAUCGGCGAUACUUCCUCGGACGAGAACAUCAGAACUGGUUCGGCAUGGACGAACAGCUGGGACCGGUGGCCAUCAGUAUCCGCAAGGACGUCAGUCAGUACCGCGUGAUCGUGCGCACGUCGGAGCUACUAACGCUACGCGGCACCGUGCCGGAGGAGGCCCUCGGCAUCAGGCCGCAAGGCCGGCCGCCCACCAGGGAACUCCUGGAGCUGGUCGCGCCGGAGGUACAAUUGGGCUGUCUCAGGCUCGGCACACCCGCCGCCGAGGAAGCGCUGGCCAGGUUGGACGAGCAAGGAUUGUCCAAUAAGUACAAAGUCGGCGUGCUGUAUUGCCGAACCGGCCAGAGGACCGAAGAGGAGAUGUACAACAAUCAGCACGCCGGUCCGGCCUUCCUGGAGUUCUUGGAUACCAUUGGCCAAAGAAUAAGACUGCGAGGAUUCGAGGGUUACAAGGCCGGACUGGACACCAGAACCGACUCGACGGGUACGCACGCGGUAGCGGCGACGCAUCGCGGGACGGAAGUCACCUUUCACGUGUCCACCAUGCUACCCUUCACGCCUAACAACCGGCAGCAGCUGCUGAGGAAGAGGCACAUCGGAAAUGACAUAGUCACGAUAGUUUUUCAGGAACCUGGUGCGUUGCCAUUCAGUCCGCGAAGAAUACGCUCCCAGUUCCAACACGUGUUUAUCAUCGUGCGAGCCGUGAAUCCUUGCACCGACAACACGCAGUACAGCGUGGCGGUGUCCAGGAGCAAAGAAGUGCCCAUCUUCGGGCCGCCGGUUCCGCAGGGUGCCACGUUCGCAAAGGGAAAGGCUUUCGCUGACUUUAUCCUGGCGAAGGUCUUAAACGCCGAGAAUGCGGCUCACAGAUCCGAAAAAUUCGCCACGAUGGCUACGAGGACGAGACAGGAAUAUCUGAAGGAUCUCGCCACGAACUGCACUACCACCGCAGUCGUCGACACAGGCCAGAAAUUCUCGAUGCUCUCCUUCAGCAGCAAGAAGAAGACGCCGGUGCGACCGAAACUUUCGUGCGACGCGUCUCAACGCGGCGCGAUUUGCUGGCAAGUCAUACUCGAGGACAGCAAUCAGAAUACAGAUUGUUAUUUAGGCAUAAGCAUAGACACCAUCGUGCUGAUCGAGGAGCACUCCAGGCAGAUAGUAUUCGUCACUCCAUGCGUGAGCGUGCUCGGAUGGCACGCUCAAACAAACAGUUUGAGAUUGUAUCAUCAUCAGGGCGAAUGCAUUACCAUACACGUACGCGGUGAUUACGGCGAGAGGGACGAGUUAAUGGAAAUCGUGGCUCGGCUGCGUGCCGUAACUCAAGGCGCGCCGGCCUCUGAGCUGUCGCUGAAGAGGAACAGCCUCGGACAGUUGGGCUUCCACGUUCAGCCCGACGGCGUUGUGACGCAGGUCGAAAGUAUGGGGCUGUCGUGGCAGGCGGGCCUGAGGCAGGCCUCCAGGCUGGUCGAGAUUUGCAAGGUGGCCGUGUCGACCUUGAGUCACGAUCAGAUGGUCGAUCUAUUGAAGACCAGCGUCCAGGUCACCGUCACCGUAAUACCGCCGACCAACGACGGAAAUCCACGAAGAGGCUGCACGCUGCAAAACUGUCAUUACCUGUCGAAUAAUUACGAGGGGGAUUACGAGAAUGUAACGAGCGCGGAUAACGCACCGAGUCAGCAAACGGCGAUGUCGCAUCAACGGCGAUAUGACCGAUCGUUCAGCCCGCCGCGAUCGAGCAACAGCUCCGGGUAUGGUACUGGAUCGAGCUCUAGAUCGUUCAACGAUCCACGGUUUCCGUUGGAGGGUACAAUGACUAGCAGCAGUAGUGGACACAGUAGUGCCGAUGAUCGUUGGUACGAGCUUCUGGAACCGCAGGAUCAGGACGGCGGUCAUCGCCCGGACGGCACGCCGCCUCCGCUACCGGUGCGACAGAACUACCAAGCCGCGACACCCAGCAAGUCCGCGCAGAAGAAGGACAAGACCCACUACGUCAGCGCCAAACAACUUGUGGACAGCUCGAAGCAUCGCGAGCACAGUCACGAGCAUUACACGAAGGAGAGCAAUUACGUGUCGUCGAAAAUGAUCCAGGAGAACGCGCGACACGAGAAUUAUCAGCGGCAGUUGGACAACGCGCAUCGCGCUCAGGAUCACGUAGCGACGAAUUACGUGAAGCUGCAGAAGGAGCGAUACGAGAUCAAGCAGGAGAACCUGUACGCGUCUCAGAGGGAGCUGCACAAGAACGACGUGCAGCAUCACGGCCAUCAGAAGCUCGGCGCGUCGAAUUCCCUGCCGUUGGCGCACAACGCCGUUUACAGCCUGCCGAAGUCGGGCAGCAACAACAAUCUCGGCAGGUACGAGUACGAGCAGUCCGGCGGCAGGCACGACUACGAGACGCCCACGAAGGCGGACAGGAGCUCAAAGUACGAGAUGCAGGAGGAGAAGGUGUAUCCGGAGGAUAUUUACGAGAGGAGGAACAGCAAGUACGACAUGGAUUUGGCCAAGUACGAGAUGGAGUGUCAACACGGUAGCGAGAGGAAGCACAACAACGACGGCAACGGGGGGGAGCACAAUCGCGACCCUAUGAAAUACGAGAUGCCGCACGACUUCAAAGUAGGCGAGAAGGUCACCUGCCUGAAGACCAGCAUGUCGGAGCGACCGGUGCCUCACAAAGUGAGCGUGGAGUACCGACAGUCGAAGGACUUCCCGGCGAGUCUGCCGCCGGAAAUGAGGAUAUCGGACGUCAAUUGUCCGGAGGUCGCCACGAUGCCCAGCGAGGACGAGCUGUCGAACGGCUCGGGUAGCGUGUCGCCCAGACUGCGACGUGCCAACAAACAUCGCGGCGGCAAUCGCACCCCGUCCAGCGGCAGCUCCAGAAACCAGAGUCCCCGACCCAAGCCGGGUAUGAGAAACUCGCACCGUAAUUCCGCGAACCUAACGUCCAGCACGCUGCAGGAGGACCUCAUGAGAUUGAUCAAUCCCGACUACAUCGCCGACGACAGCCAGAUCGUCAACAACAAUCUCGUGAACAGCGUGAUGAGCCCGAAUCAAAACUCGAACAAGAUGAACAACAAUAUGUUGGAGAUCCAGAACAGGUGCAGGUCCAGGGAGAAUCUGUGCGGCAACAGCACGUCCACCUUGAGCGUGUUGCCCGCGAAUGGACAGGAAAACGGAAACAACGGGUCGGAAGUGAUUCUGACGAUGGCCAGGCCAGCGACGGUGAUCUCGAACGCCAGCACUGCCUCGAGUCCGGCACCGAGCGAGAACAAGUUGUCGAAAGAGGAAAGAUUAUCGCCGCGCGUCACGAAACCGCUUCACCCAAUCAUGAAACAGCACAAUAAUCUAACGCCGAUCAAAGACGUGAAGACUCACAAUGACGCGAACGUGGACUGUUGGAAGAAUCAGCAUGCGGAUUCCAACAGGUCGACGAAGCAGCAUCCUCCGGAGUGGUCCGACGACAGGCUCAUCGACGGAUGCAACGCGAACGCGAAUCCCGUGUCGGACUUGCAGUCUCAUCUGUCCACUCUCGAGCUGAGAAUGGUGAGGGAGACGCGUCUGCGACAGUCGUUGGAGGACGAGGUGCGCCGAUUGCGCGACGAGAAUCGACGCCUGCAGGAGUCCGAGAACCUGCGGUUCUCCUUGGAGGACGAGAACCGCCGUCUGAAGGAUGAGAAUCACGCGGCCGCGCAGCAACUCCGGCGUUUCACGGAGUGGUUCUUUCAAACGAUGGAUCAUCAAUAAUCACAGUAUAAUAAUUUAGAAUUUGCGGUUAUUUACAAAGAUGAAAAAGCAUAUCCGUGUCAUCAAUGUUCUUCAAGCUAAACGAGAAUUAUCUUUACGUUCGAAUCGGUAGCAUUUAACUCUUCGAUCGCGUUCCCUUCUCUCGACCGCUCGGAUCGGGGCACGAUCUUUUGUAAAGUACAGUAUUAACGCGACCUUCGCUUAAACGUAUAGGAUGUAGGAUAGAUCAAUCGGAGGCAACCGCGAGGCGACUGUGCGUGGGGUGCGUAAACACUGUGAGCGAGAAAACAAUACAAUCGUCCACAACUCUUUCGGCGCGAUCUUCGAUAUUUUGUAUUAUAUAAAUUCGUUUAGAGUAUUCUAUUGUAAAGUAUAAGUUACCAUCGUACUGUUUCCCUUGACUCGAGGAUUCGUGCGUUGACAACAAAUCUAUCUGUCCAGAUCAUCCGACGAAAGUAAUUAGAGUACGCGUCUGAUUGUCCAUCUGUGUGCAGGACGAUAGCAAUACGCGUUAAAUCAACAUCAACGUUUGAUUUUACAUAAGCGACCAAAUGACCAAAUAUUACUAGCGAACUAAGGACCGCUUUAACUCUGUAAUUUAUUACGCCUUUUAUAUUAAUCUUCUAUGUAGAGUAUUAAUUGAAACGUCGCGCGCGCGCGCGCGCUAAAGCGGAACGCGCUCUCGGCCAGUUCUGCCUUUGAAAUAAGUGACGCAGCAUAAUUUCGAUGUAAUGUACGAAAGCGACGUUUCUUGAAGAUCGUAAGUCAAUCAAUAAAGAGAAAUGUGUACUUUAAUGA